UUUUAUCUCCUCAAGAACCUCUAGUCACUUCACUUCCAAACCUUCAAGACUUGCAUCUCCUGCUACAUUAUUCAAACCCUAACCCCAAUACGCAUACAUACAAUACAAUUCAUUUGAGUUAAGAUAAAGCAAGUUUACUGACAAUGUAAGUUGGUUUCUAAUUUAAUUGAGGUAUGAAGUAAUUCAAGAUGGGAUACAAGUGGUUUGAGCCGAUGGCGAGGAGGAUUCCGAAAAGGGUUUGGCUUGGGUACCAAAUGUCAAUGGGUUUACUCGUGGGUGGGAAUCACACAUCCUCCAGGUUUUGCACACGCUAAAUAGUUCGUUUUCUUCGUUGUUUGGCUUUUUUCUGAUUUGAUAUAAUCUACUUGUGUUUUGCUUUGAGUGAAUCACGGUGCAAUUAUAGAUCUGGCACUUUGAAUUGCUUAAAAGAUCUGGAUUUGGGUUUUAAAAAGAGAAUUUAAGUGUAAAAAAUGGAUUUGAACUUGUUGAAAUGGCGAAUUAUUCGUGGGUCAUUCGUCAUGCGUGUGGUACUGAGAGCUUUUAUGUUUGUACUGGCUACGACUAUUCUGUCGUUUAUGCAAAUGACCCAUGAGGCGGGCAUAAUUGGGCGAAUGGUAUCGAAUAUUGAUGUGUGCCCAUUGAGUUUUGGCUCGAACCAGGAUUUAAAUUUCACCGGGCAUCUGAAGCCCACAUCGGCACCUGGUUUUAUGUCUUCCCUAUUUGGGACAACUCCUAUGCCGUGCAUAGAAAGUCAAAACUUCACAAAGAAUGUGUUCAAAGAGCUAAUGGAGAAGAAUCUUUUAGAUUCUAAUGCUAAAGCAUUAUGUGUUGGGGAGAGAUCUGCCUCCACAGUAUUGACGUUGCGGGAGUUAGGAUUGUCCAAUGCCUUUGGUGUAGAUAGACACCCAUUCUUCUCCCUUGUGCAGAGAAGAUUCGUUUAUGAGCUCAACUUUGAGAAUAAUCAUUUUGAUUUUGUGUUCUCGAGAGAUCUUGACAGGGUUUCUGUACCAUCUCUUCUUGUUCUUGAGAUUGAGCGUGUUUUACGUCCUGGUGGAAUUGGUGCUAUUCUUGUGGGAGGACGUAAUUUCCACUCCGGUAGCUUGGUAAGGUUGGCCACACCGGUCGUAUCAUUCUUGAAGAGUUCUGAUGUUAUUUAUGUAUGCGGUGUUGGAUCCUCUACGCUGGUGGUGUUUAAGAAGAGAUAUGAAAAUUUUUCUGCCUUUGAGCAUUUCCAGCUUCCAGAUAAGUGCCCGUCAGUUACGAAAAAUAUAGCGUUUAUGAAGUUUAUGGAGCCUCUUGUGGAUGGAAAGUCAGGGCAAUUUGAGCUGGAGCCUGCAUAUCUGGCUAACUUCAGGAACAUUUCCUCAAGGAACAAAUUAGUGUACAUUAACAUUGGUGCAGGGGAGUUUGCAAAAGAAAGUGUCGCAAAAAUGUCCAAGAACUAUUGUUCUAAUCACCAUGCAUGCUUCAAUGUUUUUGUUAUUGAUCAUAGAACAUCUGUCCUCUCUUCAUAUGUGACAGGUCCCGGUAUCCAUUUUAUUUAUCAUCCCAGCCUUUCCGGAGAGAAUGCUGCUCGUGAAAUCAACUCUGAUGAAUAUUUUAGUGCACCACCAGAUGAAGGCGAGUUUGACUUUAUUCACUGGUUCAAUGAAACAGUUGCUGAUGGAGAUUUCGUGGUACUCGUGAUGAACACCAAGCCGGUAGAGCUCAAUAUUCUUGUUGAAUUAUUUAAAACCGGAGCAAUAUGCCAUGUUGAUGAACUCUUCCUUAGGUGUUCAAAUGAAGAAGAUUGUAAAACAACUACAUGUGGAGACUGUACGCGUCUUUUCAAAAGCCUAAGGAAGAGUGGCGUGUAUGUGCACCAAUUGUUGGGUGAUUAAGCUUCGACCAAAAUGUGGUGAAUUUCAUAUCUUGUUUUAGCCUUUGCUUUAAUUUCGUAUGGAGUUGUUGGGAAAUUAAUCCGUGUGUGAAUUUCCUAACUCGUUUCAGUCUGUCGUUUGAUUACGUGUGAUGAAUAAAACAAGGAGCCAUGGUGGAUUGAGGUUAUAAUCUACCACUCUCCUCUGUUGAACUGAGUUUGAUCCCCUUUAUCAGUUGAAUGGAAUGAUUUCCUCUUUGUUGUUCUGA